UGGUUUCUCGCUGUCGUGGUUACCUGUUCCGGACAGGUCGCAUGGCCGGUGCAAUCGUUCAGCCCAGAAGUCGCUCGAUUGCUUCAAGCGGCACUUUCGUCGAUGGCAGCAGCGGACAUUCCUACGAUACUCUCACCGGAGCCGUUUCCACCUCAAGCUCGUCCACCGAAUGAGCAAAUGGCAUUCCCUUCAUCAAUACCUCUCUCACUGCCAAAUGGACCUCGUGAGAGGUUAGUGCCUGUCGUCGAACGUCCCACACAAGAAGCCCCUUUGGCACCAGCUCCACCACCUCCAUACCCGCCUUCAGCGCCUCCACCUGCUCCUUCAGAGCCGCUGCCACCGCCACCGCCUCCACUUUCGCAGCAACCACAGCACAACUUCAACAAUCUGCUGCACCGGCACCCUACCCUUACCCUCCUAAUGCUGCCAGUGGUCCUAUUCCUGGGCAACCACAAGAGCCAUCCACAGCCACCACAGCCACCACAGCCACCUCAGCCACCUCAGCCACCUCAGGGUGGCCCUCAGUUGCCAAGUCCUCCGCAGCCUCAACUUUAUCCAUCUCCAGGCCCUCUUAUUACUGAACAGGUCGUUCCUCCAGCCCCAUUGUUCGCAGCAGGAACUCCUUCUCAAGGCCCCUCUCCGUUCAACUACCGAUUCCUUUGA